AUGGCGGCGGAGAGAGACAGCCGCUCUCUCCAACCCAGAGCCGGGGCAGCAGUGUAUGGCAGCCUAACCCUCCCCCCAGGACUGGCGGGGGUUAUCCCAGUCCACCACCCUAAAGCAACCGGGCAUGGGCAGACCCACACUACACACCCGCUGGAACGACACCCCGACACCCUGAACAGCGCAAUGGCGGACGCUACGCAUGCAGUGAAGUGUGACACCGAAGUGCUGGACUAUUCAGCCAGGCUGAACACCAUCUUUGAAGCCUUUUGGGCGAAGCUAGAGAGCCGGGCUUAG